AUGCAGUCAUCAGAUCCCAGGCACUUUUUCGAAACCGAUGCCACGCAGGCCAAGAGGGAGAGAAAGGUUGCCAAGUCAAAUAACAAAUAUGGCAAUCCUAUCGCUCUCAAGUCAAAGCUUCUUGCAGCUGUUCUAGACCCUACUUCACCCGCAACUGUCUUUGUUGCCGAGUCAGCAGGCUCUGUCCGUCGGGUCAACUUGGAUGUAGGCUCGACUGCGCUCAUUCCGACUGGAUCUGCAAUACUGACGUCGCUUCCGCAGGACGGCAGCGUUAAAUCAGUCUACAAGGGCCCAACGGCUCCGGUCACCUGUGUGGCUGUCGGAGGCGAGGGCAACAAGACCGUGUUUGCCGGAUCGUGGGACAGGAACAUCUCUUCCUGGAAUAUAGAGACCAAAGUGCCAGUCCGCCAGUACACCGGCCACUCUGACUUUGUCAAGUCCAUCGUCUGCACGAGGAUAUCUGGCAAGGAGAUCCUGAUCAGUGGAGGAGCAGACAAGAAAAUCAUCGUCUGGGACAUCUCAACGGGAGUCCGUCUUCACACACUGCAGGACAACACGCAAAACAUGCUCGCCAUACAGGAUCUCGCCGUCGACCCUGUACAAAGUACACCAGACGAGGCCUUUCUGGUCAGCGCCAGCAGUGACCCCCACAUCCGCCGAUGGAAAGUUCGGCUGGAUGGCUGGGAGCAGGUCGUUGACCCAUCGUCCGAGGCUCGAGCUGAGGAGAGGCGUACUAUACUUGAGCAUGAGACUACUGUCUACAAACUUGUCUUUGAUUACGAGGGUGACGAAGUCGACCUCUGGACGUCGAGUGCCGACGGGACAUCUAAAUGUCUAACGCGGAUGAGCGGCUUCGCGAGUGACGACGAGUUCAAGCACGGCGAUCACGUACGGGCCGUCGCUGUGACUGAUCAAUGGGUUAUCACAGCUGGACGUGAUGAAAAUUUGAAGCUUUGGGACCGCGCUUCAGGACGCUUGUACUGUUCCCUAGAGGGACACUACGACGAGGUCACUAGCCUUGUUGUGCUACGAGGACCUAACAAGGGACUGGACCGCCUCUGCAGUACGAGUUUGGAUGGUACAAUCAGGCUCUGGUCUCUUGCGAAGCCAGAUGUCGAUGCAAUGGUUAAAGAGCAGCAGCAGCCUAAGAAUCUUGAGGAGCAAGAUGAGAAGAAGGAGGGCAUGGAGGGCAUGUUGACGGCUGAGGAGGAAGCGGAGCUCGCUGCUCUGAUGGAUGAGGAUUGA